ACACAUAUAUACAUGAACAGAUGCAGAGCCUGGAAUAAGGACGGGAUGACCCGUGCAUGCAGGCAGCGCAGAAAAGGAAACCUUGGCAGCUGUCUUUCUUUAUUUACGCAAUGAGGAGGCAAGGAAUAAAAAAAGAGAAAAAGAGGAAAGGACUCAAAGGAGUUGUGCCGCUAGACUGCAAGCAAGCAAAGUGAUUCCAACAACCAAACCUUUGCAGGUCAAGGACAGGAAGUUUUUUUUUUUGACACCCGCACUAUGCCUACCACACCGCCAUAACCUAUCUAUAUAUACAAAAGAAGAGGAAUUGUCUUCAGCUUACAGAUCGAGCCUUGUCACUUCUUCAGUCACGAUGGCGAGCACCAGAGCAAACCGCAUGGAGACCACGCUCUCGGAUGGGAUUCGCCGCCGCCGCCAUGUCAGAAAGAUCUCUGUGCGGAAGCUCAACGGUGAGAUUGUAGAGCCCGAAAUGGAUCCCAUGGAGACCACCGCCAGUGUGAAGACCAUGAUUGAGGAGGAGGGCAUUCACCCGAGAUUUCUGCGAAUCGACGAGGAGGUGCCAGAUCUUGAGAUGGAAAGCACCGAUGCAGGACGCAUGGAGGCCACGCCCCUGGUCCAGCGCUCCCCUGUUUUCGCUGGCACCAGAAACGAUGAUAACAAGAACGAGGGGCUCCGGCGCCGCCUCCUUCGAGGGGACUACAUCUUUAUCAGACUCGCUCAUGUGGAUGAGACUUUCGCGCUCAAAGUGGAUCUCACCGAAACAAUCGCCAGUGUCAAGGCCAAGAUUCAGGAGAAGGGCAUUCUGCUGCCACAACCGGAGCUCUGGUUUUCUAAGAAGCUUGAAAAUGACCGUACCCUUGCUGAUUACGGCAUCCAAAGAAAUUCAAAUCUCAUUCUAGUCCCAAAGCUCAGUAGUCUGGGGCGGCGUAGUGGUGGCGAAAGGAAGGAAUUUUUUGUCAAGACGCUCACAGGUCUUUCUCUCACAUUUGAAUCCGACCUUUCAGAAACCAUCGCCGCUCUCAAGUUUAUGCUUAUGGAGAAGCUAGGUAUGCUGCUGGAUACUCUGAGGCUAAUUUUGAGUGGGGUCCAGGUCGAGGAUGACCGUACAUUGGCCGAUUACAAUGUCGAGAAUGGAUCAAUUUUCUAUCUGGUCCUUCGUCUGCGUGGGGGUGGGAUGUCUAUCAUUGUUGAGAAACUCAAUGGUCACCCUUUCAGUCUCAAUGUGUGCUCAGAGCAUACCAUCUCCCAAAUCAAGGACAUGGUUAAUGAGAGACAUGAGGAGCAGGGCAUUCACCAGGAGCAGACGAAACAGCACGUCGAAUAUGAGGGAAAGCGGCUCGAUGAUGACGGCACCCUGGCUUAUUACAACAUCGAGGGCGGUUCAACUCUCAUUCUGGUUGACACACUUGGUGGUGGUGGGAGUCCUUCUCAGCUCGAGGACCAACAGAUACUACAUAUCAAGACUGAACAUCCCACGAGCUCCAAUCCCGUGGCGCCCGCCCAGCUGUCCUCUCACACCAGUGCCUCAGAUCUCACGGGUUGGAAAAAGUUGGGACGGCGGAUUCUAAAUAAUCCAACCCGAAGUCUCCAUUCCAAUAAUGAAUACGGACUGAUGCAGACAGAACAGACCGCGGGGCUCUCUGCUCCGGCUGCCGGCGGCCAAGGCCACAACCAGCUGUCCUCCGGUAGCUUAACUCCGGUCAGCAGGCAGGUCGUCCAUGGCAGUGAUACCCCGGCUGAUCAGCUCAGGCAAAAGCAGCGACGUUCAUACAAAUAUUCUAUCAAGGCCCUCGUAUUCGCAAUCACUAUAUUAGCCACUUACCUGAGUUCUGCAUCAGCAUCAUUCUCCCCCGGAAAAAUGGCCUUCAAGAUUGCUAUUGGAGCCUUCUUCAUCGUCCAUGCAACGCUCUCAAUAUUGAAGCCACCAAAUUGGAGCAGUGCCUUGACCUACCUCUCAUGGUUUUUUCUGGAGUUAGUGUCGUACCUCCUGCUUGUCUCAUUCAACAAGUACUAUAGCUACGCCAUCCUCCCAGCCGUUUUUCUCCCAAUCAUUGCUGUUCUGCGUCAUAGAUUGCAGCCUGGAGCGACGCAACAAAUAAGGACCCACAACGAAGCUAAUCACAACGUUGAUACUGAGAGAACUGAUCAGGAUCAUGUCGCCUAUGAUGAAGAUGGUCAAAGUUUUGACGACAUAUUCGAAAACUCAGCUGAAAUUGUCAACUGUGGCGGCCUCAUCACUGCAGUCUUUGGAAACUCAAUGGUAGGGCCAGCCAGCGCACUCGGGUUCUUGUUCUUCAGUACUGUAGCUCUCGGUCUCUAUCUGAUGAUGGUCACAACGGUUAGAACAGCGGCCCUCACUCUCCAUGCCAGGUGCCUGGCCAAGCUGCUGAAGGUUCUGCUGCUGACCACGCUUAUCACUGCCUUGAUCAGUGCUUAAACACACUGCCAGAGUGCCGCCUUUUCAGUUAAAAAGGCCAAUCUGCUAGCCUCAAUCAAAUGUGAUGCUCUACAUAAUUCUUCUUGUCAAAAUACAUGAUGUUUUUCUAUAAACUAUAUGGUGUUAUUACUCUUUGUGGAAAGGGUCAUAUUGCAUACUUAAAGUAGAGAUCCAAUUUUUUGGUUGGAACAACUUUUGGGGAUGGAUAGAAAGGGAAACUCAAUGGCCAACAAGAUCCAAACAAGUUUUUUAUCGA